AUGGAGUGGCCGGGGGAUUUCCCUGAAGACCAUGCGUUUGUGGAGCUGCUGGUUCCAGGGGUUUCCAGUGCAUCAGAUUUUGAACAGCUACUUAAAGACACAGAGGAGAAACUAAAUCUUAAUGCCAACAGCAUUGAACAGCAGCUAAAGGAGCUCCAGGCCAAAAUGGGAGACUCCCGGAUAGGCGAGCGUCCACCGAGCCCGACAGAGUGCCUGCAGUGGCUAAACCUCAGAGCGCAUAACAAUCUAAGGCCCGUUUCCACAGGACAUCAAGAGCUCAUGGACUUCUUCAAAGCUUUGCAACAGUACCUGAGGUCUGACGAGGAGGGCAAAGAGGAGGUGGCCCUUCAAUUCUUGCUGAAUCUGUCCUCCCAGUGUGGUGUCUGCUUUCCUUGUGCCCCUUCAACCUUCUCCACCUCAUCCUCCGUUCAUCCUCAACUGAAUACCUCCUCAGUCAACUUGGUACAUACAGUCAGAGAUGAUGUCUCAUUAGAGUAUCAGGAGGCAUGGGAUGAUGUGCGUAUCCAACUGCGCCGCCACCUGCUGGACCGGCUGUCUUCUCGCAGCCCAGAACAUCCACACAAACAUAUCUCCACUCUGUCCAUCAUUGAGCGGGUCCAUUGUCUGCAGCAGCUGUUCUUUCUUUACCCUGAGUCAGAGGUGCUUUCACAUUACCAGGGUUUGAGAAGCCAAUCUGUGAUGGUUCUUCUACUCUCUGCUCUGACCUCGAGCCCCGGUGGUGAGACUGGUUUUGACAGACUGGCUGUUGGCUUUCGUUCUGCGGUCCCAGCUCUGACCCAGGCCUUGACAGAGGAGCUCCAUGUCCUUUCAAGACUUGCAGAACCGCACUCCAUCCUGGGUUUUAUAAAUGCAGCCUACCUCAGCACUGUGGCUCAAGAACUGGCUUCCUUGAUGGAGAGAGAAUGUGAAACGGCCCUGAGGGACAACACCACGCUCGGCAGCAAGAUCAAGAAAUAUUCAGCAAGAUCUCGGGCGACUGUAGCGCCAAUGGAGCUUCCCAUGAAAAAUAGAAGCUUCAGUUUGACCUCCCACCAGCUGAGGGCGUUAAACCAGCUGGCCUGCACACUGCUGGGGUUUGAGAGGACUGUGAAGGAGCAGGUCACUAAUAUGACCUUCAUUGACUGUACAGGAGAGACUCCUUGUGUAAAAGGUAUUUUGAAAAAGAGAAAUGAUUCAGACAUGACAACAGAUGGGAGGAAAUGCACGGCAGAAACUCUUCCUCACACACCAGAGGCGCAGGCGCAAGCGUUGGAGUUUGAGUGGAGGUCAGCUUUCCGGGGGCUGGUCCCACACAUGGCACAUUGCGUUAAAGUAGUGCUGGAUGAUGUUUGUGCCAAGAGUCUGCAGCAGGAGGAGGCUUUAUUUUCUUCAGGACACACCUCCAUCAUCCUGAGCCGCAUUGGUGGAGACACCACGCUCAGUGAGAGCAACACACCUCUAAGAGAAGAUUCCUUCUACACCUACUCAGAGAGAGAGACUCCACAAGUGAUAGCAAAGUUCUGUGGAGCAAUCCUGAUGGAGCUAGAUGCUUUGCUUCCCCUGGCAGUAGCAUGCAGGGACAAAUCUCUCCUAGAGGUGCGUUCGAGCUUUGUGGAGGCGUGUGGCCGGACCGCAUUCGCCAUGCUCGGCCGUUUGCAGGAGAGGGCCCUCGAGGUACCGUCCUCUGCUCCCCUGAAGAACCUGCCCGCUCUUAUUGCCACUUGUGUAUAUGUGCACCAACGACUGGAGCACUACCAUGCCCGACUGAAAGAUUCACAUACUACUGCAGCUAAAGUACCCCUGACCCUGCUGCCCAUUCAGAAGUACCACGAUACAACUGAAGCCUUAAAAGAACAGCUGACCAGCUACUGUUCCCAGGUCUGCUCCACCUGCAUUCUUCAAGAUGCAGAGAGUCAUCACUGGGCCGACCCUAAACCCUUCUAUGAGGGUGAGCGCUGUUCCUUCUCCGUGCAGAUGUGGUUUUACUUUUUGUGUGGGCUCCGGAGCGACCUGUGGGCAGUGCUCCCGGCGGAGUUAGCCAAGGAGGUGUUGGGCCAGGUGCUAGCAGAGACUCUACAGCUGCUUGUGCAAAGAUAUGCCAGAGCCCGUCCUUCAUACAAGAGACUCCUGCAAAUCAGGUGUGACAUAACAGCCGUGUUGCUGUACGUGGAGCAGCUUAUGUGGAGUGUGUGUGAAAGUCCUGAGGCUCUGGUGCACUCCAAUCCUUUUUCAGCAAUUGCCAUAAUAGCAGGAGGAGCAGACUGGCCAUACAUAAUCCAUAGCCUGUGUGAGCAACUCCUGACAGUCCUGGUCAUUGUCACAGCACCCCUAUCUUUGCUGUACAGGAUAUUUAUGAUUGAUCGUGCUAAAGAGUCUGCCCCACAUCAGCCUGACAGCCCUGUUGUCCACUGGCUAAAUGCUAUCAACCCAGACCUCUUCACUGAGCAGGUCAUACGAGAUGGUCUUAUGGGCCAGGCGGCCUCUGCAUGUCAGCUGAGGCUGCUGACCUCUGACCCCGGAUGCAAUCCCAGGUUGCUACUGCAAAUGUUGCUGUACAGAGACUGUCACCUGCCCAGAACACUCCUAGAACUCUCGUACUUUUGCCAGAAGAGCAGAUUAGAAACAUCUACAGAGCACUGCAAAGCAGCAGAUGACUUCGUGGUCACAUUGUUCAAUCUUUUCAGUUGCUUAAACAAUGUCCCCAAGGCCUUGACUCAGGUCCUUGAGCCAUACCUGGAACAGGAACAAAUAUGGGAACAUCUUUACACAUUGGCAGACACAACAAGAACCGUACCUGUGGUGAUCAGCUGUGUUCGAGGGAUAGUCAGCAAGUCCACCAACAGCCUCCUGGUACACCUGGUCUCCAUGGUGACAAGUUGGCAGGCGACAGAGGAGCCCUCUGCAGUGUUGUUCAAGCAGAAUGUACCAGAGAGCAUUCUGGCUAAAGUACCCAAAGAAUGGAACUACACACCACAAGAAGCAAGGGGGAAGGAGACUCUGACUAAGACUGUCAUAUCCAUUACUAUUCAAGCCUUGUCCUUCAUUUUGACCAACCUGCCGAUGGCCGUAGCAUCAAUUCCCCUCCCCAUCCGCUUCCUCUUCCAAGUGGCCGAGAAGCACCUUUCCCAGCAUGCCCGGCAGCUGCGCUUAGUGGGCCUGUUACUCUGGGCUUUGCUGGGCUGUCUGAUCCAGGGCCUGGAGGACCCACACACUCUGGAACAGAUCAGUGGAGUGGAGCUGGACCGUGGGGCAAAGGACACUCUGUCCCUGCUGGCUGAGUGCCUACAGGCUGCGAUGGGCAUUCAGCAGAAGGGCGUUCCCAAACCCACAGUGCACAAAGUGCUGCAGGCUCUGGAGGAAAAAAGACCCAAGUGGACAAACAUGCAGCUGCAGAAAGCUCGCAAGCACUGCUCAGACAGCAUGUUUGAGCAGGGAAGGGAGAGCGGAGUUGCUGUGGCUGAACUGACUGAGCAGAAAAUAGGCCUGAUGCUGCUGGAGGUCUGCCACAAAGCAGGUGGCAACGACUACCUGAGGCAGAUCUAUAACAUCAUCCAAGCCAAUGAGGCGCUUUUGAUGUUCAAACUAACAGGAAGCACAAACUCGUCCGCUGAUUCUCCUCACUUGGUGAACUUUGACCCUCAAGUGGACCCUGAUGCCGGCUUCAACCCUCUCCAGGAGUUUGACCACAUUGGAAAGAAGAAGCUUGAUCAGAGUGCCGUGGUGGACUGGGCAUGGGACUGGCCAAGGCUGCUGCCAGCCUAUCAGGGCAUGAGUCCGGUCACCUUCAAAACUCUGCUGGCCAACAGGUGGGAGAUGCAGGAGGUUGCUGAACUGGAGGAAGAGGAGAAAUCAAUGGUAGAGGAACUUCAGAAUGCCUAUUUUGUUUGCUGCUGCAGCUCCGGGCUUCAGGACUCCCAUGAAGCUGCUGAGACACCUGCAGAGUAGACCCAGAGGGAAACCCACCCAUCUGAUGAGACUGCUGCCCAAUAACAGUCGGGGCAGUUAGAAUUUUUAUCAUGUUGUAAAUGUUUGCUUGUAAUACUCACUUGGAACUCUCAAGGUACUAUAAUUUCCGUGUGUGUGUGUGUGUGUGUGUGUGUGUGUGUGUGUGUGUGUGUGUGUGUUUAACUGGAUUUGUGUUGCAGCAACUUUGCAUAUGUGUGUGUGCGUGAAAACAAGCAAGAGAGCGGACAAGAAGCUGCUAAACAUCAAAAAAGUGAGGGAGACUUUGCCUCCCUCUCUAUGCACGUACACCGCAGACAACCUCUCUCUGCUUUUCUCUGCUGCAUCAGACAGAUUUCAUCUUUUUAGAGCACAUCUCCAGAAAUCAGUUCUGGGAAAUGGAGAGCUGGAUUUGUUUGCCUGGGACAAGAUGAGACUGUGUGAUCACUGGCGGUAGUUGAAGUUUUUUUUUUUUUUUUUUUGAGGCAGAGAGUGUAAAGACAUUGGUGUCAGCAUACUUUUUCCUGGUUCCUGAAAGCAAACAUCAAAUAUACCGGUUGGGAAGCGAGAUGAUGUGUUUUGAUUACAGUGUGUCCCAAAAAUCUGCCCCACUAUGUAAUAUCAGUCAGUGUUUUGUGCAAACUGAGAAAACAUUUAUUUUAUCUGUAGUACGAUUUCUGAGUAUAUUUCUGCCAAGGUUCGUCCUUUUUUGAUUAUUUAUGAGAUGGAGAUGGAAUGUUUUUGAAUUAAACAUUAAGAUAAA